AUGCCCAGCCCACUCGACGUCAUUGUCCGGCAGGCCGAGAAGGCACGGCUGUCAGAGGCCGAGCAGCAGGCACUAGCCAAGGCGCAGACUCGCCAGCGGCUGCUGAGUAUCGCAGGCGGUGCGGUUGGUGUAGGCAUCGGCUACCUGCUGUCCAGGCGCAACAAGUCGCUUGGAAUGCGCGGCUUCAUGAUCCUCUUCAACGGAUCGUUCCUGUUCGGCCUCGGCAACACAUAUGCAUUCUGCGCAGCCGGGGCGUGGAUCCAGACCACCCAGAGCUUCGGCCAGACCAAGCCGGCGCAGCACACAAUUGAUCUGCGCGGGCUGCCGCCAUCGCUGACCCCGGAAGAGCGCGCACAGACCCAGGAGCGAUGA